UAAACCAUCUAGUAUAGGAUUUUUUUUUAAAGAUUUAUUUAUUUAUUUGAGAGAGCGAGAAUGAGAGAGAGAGAGAGAGUACACGAGAGGGGGGAGGGUUUUAGAUUCGAGAAGCAGGCUCCUCGCCGAGCAGGGAGCCCGAUGCGGGACUCGAUCCUGGGACUCCAGGAUCAUGACCUGAGCCGAUGGCAGUCGCUUAACCAACUGAGCCACCCAGGCGCCCCUCUAGUAUAGGAUUUUAAAAGAACACUUUUGUGGACUCGUGUGGUAAAUUAGCUCACCUAAAAAUACUCUAAUGAGAACUGGAGGUGCUGUGCAGUUUCCUCCCAGGAAGGGGCUAAGACUCCAAAUUCUUGCUUACUGAAUGGUCAUUUUUUAAGUUCAAAAUUGAUACCUGUUGAGAUAACAGGAAAAAUAUACAUCUCUCUUGCUGAGUUUGGUUAAGCCUUUGAGACUAGAAUAAUAAUGAGGCAGUGUACUAUUUUAACGUUGCAGGAGUCUAUUUUUACAGCCAGGUGGAUUAACCUAGAUUCCCUCCCCUCAGUGAAAAUGUAAUAUAACUAAUGAAUUCUGUGAUUAUCUCUAAGCUGACAAGUCAGGAUCAUUCAUAUUUUUAAACUUUGUCAGGGUAAAACUCAGAAAUGGUGCAUCCUAACUCGACACACAGAAUAAUAUCCCCUACUUUAAAAGGAAGAGCAUGCAUAGUUCGAAUCCUACUUUUUUUUUCAUGCCCUAAAUAGUUAAAGCCUGUCAUCUUUUUAAGAAUACAGGCAGUCCGCUUCCUAUAUAUUAACUGGUUUUUAUUAAUUAGUGAAUUAAAUUUCUGUUCUAAUUUUAAAUGUUCUAAAAUGGCACCUUCAGCCACCUGUGGAUAAUGGUCAGCAGCUGGGGCUCUCCAAUCAGGUGACCUGGAUCAUAUUCUGGCUCUUCACAUUUCCCAGCCGAGUGAGCACUGGGGCAAGGUCUAACCUUCCUGAGCCUCCAGUUCCCUGUCUGUAACAGAGGUGAUAAUAGUCCCUGCUUCUGGGAGUGAUCUCGAGAGAGCAUUUGUUUAAAAAAAAAAAAAACCCCAAAACAAAAAGCGGUCCUGUGCACUCAAGGUUAGAUGUUUUUAUCCCUGUGUAAGGUGAAUACUUUUUUUCUUAUUCUAUUGGUACCGCUGCUAAUCAGAAUCGCUAGUCAUCCUGAGUGCUUCCCUCCUCCUCAUCUCUCAUCUGUCGGCCGUUCCGCUGGGUCUUUCUGGGACUUUUCUCGGGACUUGGUACCUUACUCCCCGUGUGCCCCAGUCAUCUCCCACCUCAGUUUAGCCACGUCUGACCUCCGGAAUUGGUAACGGCGCACUAGCUUCCUCGUUGCUCUCGGAUUUCAUCAGCCCCAAUCGAUCCUCCCCGCAAGGACCAGAGUAUUCCACCCAGAGGACCACUUUCAAUGCGCUAGCCCCCAGACGACAGAUCUUGUACUAGUGCCCCCACGGACCCCGUAAUCAUUCGAAGUCUUAGUUUCCUCUUCUCCACUCCAGGGGUGUUAGAAGGACCAAAUGCAGUAACAUCUAUAAAAUAACACGUACCCAGAAAGAACUCAAUAGAUGGUAGCUGUUUUUGCUGCUACUAUAUAAGAAGUGGUCAUAAGCUUGAAAAUGGGCAGAUUGCUAAUUUUGUGACCAGAAUAGACUUGCUUGGGCAUUUUUAGCAUUUUGUCCCUCUUCCAUCAUAUGUUCCUUAUCACAUUGACUGUUUACAUAUUUGUCACUUACGUGUUUAUAAACUGUGGACACUGGCACUUUGAGAACAAGAGGUUUCAUUCAUGCAACAAAUACUUGCUGAGCACCUUCUGUAUGCUCGCGACCACUGUAGGCAUCAGGAAUAUAACAGUGAAUGGAACAGACAGCCUGGUCUCUCUGGAGGCUUAAUAUCUGGUGAUUGUAUUUUAUUUAUACUUGUGGCCCCAGGAAAUACCCUCCUAUUUUAUAGGAGGAAAUGGUAAUAAGUACAGAGGUCUCUAACAUCUGGGCAUGGUGGCUACCUGUAGUUCCUCGUUAAGUGUUCUGUGGUUUGGAAAUAGACUUUGAAUUACAUGAUGAGUAAUGGCCAAAAGCAGUCAGGGAGAAGAGGAUGUCAUAGCCCUUCUCAGAGUGGAAAUGGUUGGGCAGUGAUGUAAUAAGUUGACGAUCGCCUGCUCACUUCCUGGGCAGGCACAAGAGUGAGCGGGCACAGACCUCUGUCCCGGGGGCCCCUGACCUGGUGGAGCAGUGAGUGGAGGGCUGUGUAGAACGUCAUGACAUGAAUACCUUAAGCCUGCCCCCGAACAUUCGCCGAGGGGGGUCAGACACCAACCUCAACUUUGAUGUACCAGAUGGCAUCCUGGACUUCCACAAGGUCAAACUCAGUGCAGAUAGCCUGAAACAAAAAAUCCUGAAGGUGACAGAGCAGAUAAAAAUUGAGCAGACGUCCCGCGAUGGGAAUGUUGCGGAGUAUCUGAAACUGGUCAGCAGUGCGGAUAAGCAGCAGGCCGGCCGCAUCAAACAGGUCUUCGAGAAGAAGAAUCAGAAGUCCGCUCACUCCAUCGCCCAGCUCCAGAAGAAGUUAGAGCAGUAUCACAGAAAGCUCAGGGAGCUCGAGCAGAACGGAGCCUCCAGAAGCUCCAAGGACAUUUCCAAAGACAACCUCCACUCUCUGAGAGAUGCCUCCGCGAAGUCUCGAACUGCUCCCCCCGGCCCGGAGUGCGGGAAGUCAGGCAUGCCAGGCGUGUCCCUCACUCCGCCCGUGUUCGUCUUCAACAAGUCCAGAGAGUUCGCCAACCUGAUCCGGAAUAAGUUCGGCAGCGCCGACAACAUCGCGCACUUGAAGAACUCCUUGGAGGAGUUUCGGCCCGAGGGGAGUCCCCGGGCCUACGGGGGCAGCGCCACCAUCGUGCACAAACCCAAGUACGGCAGCGACGACGAGUGUUCAAGCGGCACGUCGGGCUCCGCGGACAGUAACGGGAACCAGUCCUUCGGGGCCAGUGGAGCCGGCGCGCUGGACAGCCAGGGCAAGCUGACCAUGGUCCUGGAGGAGCUGAGGGAGAUCAAGGACACGCAGGCUCAGCUGGCUGAGGACAUCGAAGCGCUCAAAGUGCAGUUCAAGAGAGAAUACGGUUUUAUUUCUCAGACGCUGCAAGAGGAAAGAUACAGGUAUGAGCACCUGGAAGACCAGCUCCAUGACCUGACAGACCUGCAUCAGCACGAGACCGCCAACCUGAAGCAGGGCCUUGCCAGCAUCGAGGAGAAGGUGGCUUACCAGGCCUACGAGCGCUCACGGGACAUUCAGGAAGCCCUGGAGUCCUGCCAGACGCGCGUCUCUAAGCUGGAGCUGCACCAGCAAGAGCAGCAGGCUCUGCAGACAGACGCCGUGAACGCCAAGGUCCUCCUGGGGAAGUGCAUCAACGUGAUCCUGGCCUUCAUGACAGUCGUUCUCGUGUGCGUGUCUACCAUCGCCAAGUUUGUCUCGCCCAUGAUGAGGAGCCGCCUCCACAUCCUUGGCACCUUCUUCGCUGUGACGCUUCUUGCAAUAUUUUGUAAAAACUGGGACCAUAUCGUGUGUGCCAUAGAAAGGAUCAUAAUACCCAGAUGAAGCCACCGGCUCUUGUCUUCACGUUCUUUCACGUUUCUGUGUUAAAGACAACUCUGUGCAUACUACCAAAUUUUAAAGCGAACACUUGUGCUGACUCGAGCCGACCAGGCCUGGGCUGUGCGUUGUAAAUAUCUCUGUCCCCUCACGCCGUGGUAGCUGCCAGGUCCGCCCCUGUACCCGGUGAGUGUGGACCUGUUGCAGAGCUCGCCCCACGUUGCUCACUGCCUUAAUCAGACCAGAUUUCCUGCCCACCUGACUAGCCCAGCCUGGUAAACCUCUGGUCAUCGAGCGUUUGGCGUAAUUAAUGACCCACACGAAACAGGGUGUUAAGUCUCUGUCUCCCUUAAGUUUCCAUCAAAAUUGAACUUCACAGUGGCUGGUGGCGGCAUUUUGCCUGAGUCCUGUAUGCAGCAAGGAUGUGGCAGGACUUGGGCAAGGGACGAAAUGCAGCUGUUGGCCACGGUGGACACUUGGGGCCUAUGGAAGUACAGUAAAUCCUGUGUAACCCAUUCCGCUGGUCCACACAGGACACUACUAGGUCCCAUGUGUCCCCUUGUGUACGGUGGUCCAUUGUGUGGGACUCGCCAUAACGUGGAAAUCUUACAGCACACCUGUUUAUCCAUAGAAGUCUAACUUAGAUGUUCUCUUGCACUUUAAAUGGUAAGACAGGAAGAUCUAUGAGUGAGGCUUUUGCCUUCUCACACCCAGGGAGCCACAUGUCCGAUUCUAUCUUAAGUGGCUCUCGAACGCCUCACCUUCAGGCACGUCGAAAUGCUUCCAAAUCCCAUGUCAAACUAUGGCUCAAACAUGAGUGUAGGCUCCCGUAAGCACCACUCUGGAGGUUUGCAUUGCAGCAAAUCUUAAUUGUGAUAAACCCCCUGUGAGGAUGUGAUUUACUUUAUUCAUGGUCUUGGGAGGGAUUGUAAAGCUUAACUGCACAUGUGAAAACAAAUGAUGCUCAUGCUGUGGGUUUUUUUUUUUUCUUUAAGAAGGACAACAGAAUUGUACUGUGUGAGGUGAAAGUCCACUGAGGUAGGGGCACUGGAAGCAGGAGGAAGACAGGGCAUGUGGUCUAAGGGGGUGGCAGUCGGAUGAAGACUGAGAGGGUCCUCUGAGGACCCCGUUAAGACCAGCCGCAAUCCGAUAAAUUAGACCUGGUGUCUGGUUGUCCAUUGUCUCUUAGGAUCUCACUGAAGUGCCACGGGAAUGGAGUGGCCACGCUUCUUCCCCUGAGGUGAAACCCUUCAAAGGUGAACAGCUUCUGCCUGUUGGGGCAAUGCGCUCACUACUCCCAACCCAGAUGAUAUUUCCCUUUAAAUCUUUUUCUCUCAGACGAUACUUCCCUUUAAAUCUUUUUCUCUCUGUACCUAACGAAGACGAAGAUAGAAGAUUUUAAUGGAAACUGCUGUUCGGUCCUUCCUCCCACCAUCCGCUCUGUUAUCUGAAGGCGUAAAGAUGUAUGUUAGUGUACAUUUUCUUCCAGAAAACAUCGAAUUGCCUGGAUUUAAAUUAAGUGCAAUAUUUUGCGAACAGCUGCUCUUAGGGAAACCUCCUGAAAAAAUGUGACAGUGUGCCAUGGUUUGAGAGAAUGGAAUAGUCAAGCAUUUGGUACAAGUCCAGUGUGUGUGAGACUCAGACAACUCAAGCUUUCUUCUUCUUUUUUUAACUUUACAGUUCAGUGUUCUUAGUAAAUUCACAAACUUAUGCAACUAUGCCCACUAUCUAAUUCCAGACUCGAGCUUUAUAAAAUGGUAAGCAUCAUUACGUGACAUCUUUGCCCGUACGGAUUUUGGAUUCAGGGACGAAGGAGCUACCAGCCCCACCCCCAUCUCGUGGCUGUGUCCCCUUCCGCUGUCAGACUCUCCCUUGUUCUGCCCAGUUGGCUGUAAAUACACUGUGAUCCAUCACAUACAGGGGACAGAAAAGAGUUCCAGAUCAGGGAAGAGAAGGAGAGAGAAUGGUGUGCUUCCUUUUGCUUCUAUAUUCCCUUUACCUGUGGGCAUCAGGCUCCAUUUGGCCGAGGGCUGGAUGUAACUUCCCUUGGGUCAAGUUGGAUCCUGGUGGGCGCCUCUCGAUGUCUGUGAAUCUUUCUGAGGCACUUUGGAGAUGCCAGGGGUUGCGGUGACGUAGCUGCUGCUGUUAGUUUAGAGAGAGUGAGUGAGAAGUCUAACCCACAGGCCACCACGCUCCACUCAGCCUUGGCUUUGACGCUUCCCAG